UGGGGAUCGGGAGCUGCGAUUGCAAGUCCUGGGACCAUCAUGCGUUCCACUAUACCGUGUCCUUCGUCGUCAAGACUUCGAAACCAUAUUUCGAUCUUUGAUUCAAGCCCAUCACAUGCUGUACGAAAAUGCGGGAAUCCUCCAUUGCAACCUCAACACAAGUAGUUUGAUGGUUUCGAAAGACUCCCCGGCUCGUGGGAUCCUAUUGGAUCUUGACUUCGCGCUCCAGGUUCAGGACGGAAAGCCCACCUUUGCCGGUACCAUGCCCUUCCUUUCCAUGGACCUUCUGACAGCCGCAGGACCCCCUCCUCCAAGGUUGUAUAGACAUGAUCUUGAAUCCUUUUUCUACAUCCUUGGUUGGAUGCUUUGCCGCUAUGAUGCAAGUGGGGAACGUAAGCCAGUGCAUCAGUUUGCUGCAUGGCAUAGAGGACCCCUAGACGACAUCAUUUCUGCAAAACGGAGGCUUAUGAGAAUGCCCAGCCACGUUCCAUCGGAGAUAUCCUCGCCGUCGCUGCAGAAGUGGUUUCGAAACCUGUGCAGGAGCUUCAACGAUGGCUAUCAAGAGAAAGAUCGUGAAUCACAGAGCCCGCUCUUUGAUUGUGAAACGUUGGGGGGUUACAUUACCUUUGACAAAUUCAUUGGUGCGGUGCCAUAGAUUGCCUCGUGAAUGGGCACACCGUUAUCCCCGUGCACAUACCAAUAAACGAUAAACUCGAGUUCUAUACUUCUCUGGAAAUAUUUCUCUCCGAGGUACAGAGGCAUGUAACUGAGAAUAAUACAUUCCAAGUUUGUUCCGAG